GGAUAAAGAUGAAAUUGAACAAGCAUGUUUCGUCGUCGCGGCGCAAGAGCCGCAAGCGCCACUUCCAGGCCCCGUCGCACAUCCGCAGGAAGAUUAUGUCGGCGCCGUUGUCGAAGGAGUUGAAACAGAAGUACAACGUACGUUCCAUGCCAAUUCGCAAGGAUGAUGAAGUGCAGGUUGUGCGCGGCCACUACAAGGGCAAUCAGGUUGGCAAGGUGGUUCAGGUGUACCGCAAGAAGUACGUCGUGUACAUUGAACGCAUUCAGCGCGAGAAGGCAAACGGCACGAACGUGUACGUCGGUGUACACCCGUCCAAGUGUGUGGUGGUGAAGCUGAAGAUGGACAAGGAUCGCAAGAAGAUCCUGGAUCGCCGUGCGAAGGGCCGUCUGGCGGCGCUCAACAAGGACAAGGGCAAGUACACAGAGGAAACCGCAGCUGCCACCGCGAUGGAAACGACAUCGUAAAGCUUACUAAAC